AUGUCGAUUGUGUUAACACAGCGUUUCCUCGCCAGAGACGUUUUUGCCGUUCCGUUUCUUACGAAUCACGGCAUCCGUUUCCACUACUUCUCUCGUGUCUCUGUCUUACAUGUUCCUCAAAAGGUUCCUGUCUCGGCCUUGAAGCGUUUCUCUAAACCACAAGAAGUUCCUAUCAAACCCUCAAAGCCGUCGCAAUCUAAACCGGUUCCGGUUCAUGAGAAGCCGGUUCAAGCUCCGUGCACCACGAUCAAGACUGUGCCGCCGCAGUUUCAAGAAGGAGCAUUGUUUGCUGAUUCAGUCACGAUGGGUGGUGCUCCGUCGCCGAGACACUUGCCGAUUCCGAUGUUUUACGUAAGAGAGAAGAUGAAGGCUUAUCGCUUGAAUUGA